AUGAGGCAUAUUCUACAGCCUAAUGGGGUUGUGAUCUCUUCAGAGUUGUUUCGAGAAGAAUUCUAUAAGAAAUACUUUCCCAUCUCAGUUAGGAAUGGCAAGGAACUUGAACUGCUUCAGCUGAAACAAGGCCAGAUGACCGUUACUGAGUACACAAGCAAAUUUGAGGAACUGUGCCGCUUUUCACGUAUCUGUCAGGGAGCUCCUGAGGACUUUGCUGGGUGGAAGUGUAUCAAGUAUGAGGGUGGCCUUAGGGGCGAUAUUCAGAGCUUCGUUGCACCGAUGGAGAUCCGAACCUUUUCUAAACUGGUAAACAAAACCAGAGUUGCUGAAGAAUGUCUGAGAAAGGCGGCAUUAGACAAGAGUGAUCAUCAAAGCUCUAUUAGGGAAGAUCACGGAAGAAAUUUAGUGCCUCGAGGUCAAGAUUUCAAGCGAGGUGGCAAUACUCCACAGCAACAUCAAGGCCAGAGUAGCUUCUGGAGGUUCAAUAAUAACAAUAACCAAGGAAAAGAACGCGGAAAACAGGCUCAGUUUCCGCAGGAUGACUUGACUUGCAGGAGGUGUGGAAGGUACCACCCAAACACUCCGUGUAGGGCCGAUUGGGAUGUCUGUUAUUACUGUGGAAGAGCCGGGAAUAUGUCUUGA